UGUAAAAAUUAGAAAAACUUUUUUUUUUGAACCCCCUGCUUAUAUUUAGAGAAAGAGAUAGAACAUAGACACAGGCAAAGAAAAAUGUAUUAUUAUAAUCAUAAUAAUGAAAUGGACGAUGGCAACAACAUCAAUUUUGAUUCCAAUCAGUUAUUUGGACAAUCGUUUGAAGAUUUAAACAACAUGAACGAUAACAACAAUCCCUUUUUAAACUUUGAUUACAGUCACAGCCUACCCACACAACCCUUCGAGACGUCUCCUUCACCUUCUUCUAGUGGACCUCAAGAUUUCUUGAUGCAGCUGCAAGACUAUAAUAUCAACCAUAAUGGAGGAGGAAGCAGUUUCAACUUUUUUGAUGAAGGAAAAUCUUAUCUCCAAGAUCCUCAAGCUGCCAUCCUACUAUCCGAUCCUAACUUUCUCCGACAGCAGCAAUAUUUAUUAGAUCAGCAACAAAAAGCUAAAGAUCUCUCUGAGCCACCAGCACAACCAGCAUCAACACCACCACCUUUGCGUUCCAACUUAUCCGCGAUGUUCAAUAAGGAAGCACCACCACCGCCGCAAGUAGAACCGAUGAUCACAAGUCAACAAAAGUUAAAAUCCACCACCACCACUAACAACAACAACAACAACAAUAGCAAUAAUAAUAAUAAUAGUAUGAAUACUGGAAAAUCAAAACCUAUACCCAUUUCCUCUCCUUCUUCUUUACCUUCAAAUGCAAUUGAUCAUCAACGUCGUUUUAAUGAAUUACAAGCAAGGUUUAGAAUAAAUUAUGCAAAGAAACCAUCUACGAGUAAACAAGAGUCGGUGGCUGGUACUUCAGUACCCAUCACAACCCAUGAACUCUCAAAUGAAACCACUAGUCGACGCAAACUCUCUUUAGAACCCACCACCAUGCGAUUAAACAAUAAGAUGAAAGUGGCUACGGGUACGGGCCAUAGUACGAAAUCACCUACCACCAAUAUGAACAUACCACCAUCGAUUGACACCAAUAACACUAGUAGUUCACAUCACACCACCACCACUGCAGCAGCAGCUGCAGCGGCUGCUGCUGUAGCAGCGGCUUCUUCUUUCCCGUCUCGUACGAUGCCUAUUCAAAUUCAACGAGUACAACGAGCCAACGCUUCUCAGCCAUUUGAUUUAGAACAGCGACAAAAGAGAUUAGAUGAUCAGCUUGUGAAGGUGGAUUUUGAGGAUAUCACGGUGUCUGAAUUAAAGGAAAUGUUGAGACAGCGAGGUAAACCGGCUACGGGUAAAAAAGCGAUACUUUUACAGAGAUUACAGGAAGAAAAGGACAUGAUUUUACAUGCUCGAGCCCAUGGGAUUCCUAUUUCCAACAGGUAUGCGAUUCAACCCACUGUGGCCGAAAAAACGAAUGCCAGCCCCGUCUUGGCUUCACCAGUUCUGGAGAAUCAUGCGGUGGCGUCUUCAUUACCGGAUACAAUGAUGUUUUUAUCCAGCUCGCCGAAUAAUAGUAAUACGGGGAUCGGAUCCUUAAAUCGGUCUAUUGCUGAUAUGCAUAUUGGAUCACCACCCAUGACAACGCAACAGUCACGACGUUUUGCGCCGUAUGCGCCUCGAGCAGCAACAAGUUCAUCACCGGGGCAAGCACCCGUCAUGUAUUCGUCGUCUGUGCCUACGGGGAGUUUGGAUUCUAGUAUGAUGAUGAUGAACCGUAAUGGUCAAGAAGAGGCAGCAGCAGCAGCAGCAGCAGCGGCGGCGGCGGCUACAACACCACGUGUGAUGAGAGGAUUCAACUUUAAGAAAUCAUAUGCACCUUUUGCUUCUUCUGCAUUAGCUACGCCAGAUCGGGAUGACGAUCAUAAUCCGUUUGAUGAUUACCAGGAUUCACCAAAUGAUAUGGAAUGGACAGAUCCCACGUUAGAUUAUAUGCUACAGCAACAACAACAACAGCAACAAAUGCAGCAGCAGCAGCAUCAUCACGGGUCUGAAUUCAAUGAUAAAUCCACCGAAGAAUUACUCUCGUUUUUAAGUCAAGGAUUUUAUCCCAGUGAUCAUCAUUUCCAACCGAAUGGACCAGAUCCAAGUAGUAUCAUGUUUGAUGAGAAUCAACCUUAUUGAAAUAGAAGCAACAACCAAAAAAAAAAACAUCCCAAUUUAGCAUUAAUAAAACGUUUUUUUUUUUUUUUUUUUUUUU